CGGUGGAUGAGGUUGGAGCGGAAACGCUUAGCUACCACAGUGCCAGACUGGACGAGGCUGCCAGUUAGCCUGGAGACCCCACUGACUGAGGACGUUGGCAGCCAUGGCCACCAUAAAGUGUCCAACCACAGACAAAUGUGAAGAAAUGGGUGACGUGGAGAAGGGAAAGAAGAUAUUUGUGCAGAGGUGUGCACAGUGCCAUACAGUGGAGGCUGGAGGCAAGCACAAGACUGGGCCUAACCUCCAUGGUCUUGUUGGCCGCCAAACUGGACAGGCUUCUGGUUAUGUUUACACUGAUGCUAACAAGUCUAAAGGAAUCAUUUGGAGUGCUGAAACAUUGGAUGAGUACCUCACCAACCCUAAGAAAUACAUUCCAGGUACCAAAAUGGUAUUUGCAGGGUUGAAGAAGAAGAAAGAGCGUUCUGAAUUAAUAGCUUAUUUGGAAUGCGCCACUAAAUAGACACUUGGGACUUGUUCGCAGGAAUAGAAUAAUCUCAAGAGUAUUGAACCUCGGGGUACACGUCAGUGAUUAGUGUUAUCAAUCAACAUGGAAGACUCUUUGACUGUCUGAAUUAGUCCCCAUUGUACAUAUAGUUCCCAAGGGCUUGUCAGUGUCUGGGUUGGUCAAGAAGAGAAUGAGAGCAUUGCUCUUUACUAGGAAAGUCUUAAUUCUUUUCCCUUCUUGAUCCCUGAGCUUCUGCUAAUGCUCUAAAGGAGUUUUAUUUAUUUUUACCCACAAUGUACCAUCUAGUUGAAAAGAUUUUAACUAUGUUUUGAAAUAAAUGUAUAGUUCAUUAA